CCAUGUUCACCAAGACCGUCGUCGCUCUUGCCCUUGUGGCCGUAACUCUGGCUGCUCCUUCACAGCCUUCCUACGGAUAUGCUCCUCCCGCUACUUAUGAUGCUCCUGCCAAGUACGACUUCAACUAUGCCGUGAAGGACGACUACUCCGGAAACGACUUCGGUCAUCAGGAGGCCCGUGAUGGUUACGAUACCCAGGGUUCCUACUACGUUCUUCUUCCCGACGGUCGUCUGCAGAAGGUUGCCUACACUGUCAACGGUGAUUCUGGCUACGUAGCUGAGGUUAGCUACGAGGGUGAGGCCCAGUACCCCGAGUACAAGCCUGCUCCUGCCUACAAGCCUGCUCCUGCCUACAAGCCUGCUCCUGCCUACAAGCCCGCCCCCGCUUACAACCCUGCUCCUGCCUAUGCUUAAAUUAAAAAAGACAUGAAUAUCCUUA